CUGAGACAGUCGAAACUUGCGCUCGCGCUGCGCUAACGUGCAUUUCGCUGCUAACAACAUGAAUUAGUUAAGGACGUUUUGUGUUAAAAAUAAUUCGAUGAUGCGCAAAAUACAUAAGGCGUGACUAACACAUGCGCAAAGUGGUUUAUUUCGUACUUAUCCAAUGAUUUUUUGUGUGUGACAAGUGUAUUUAGUGACCUUGAAUCUAUCGGAUAUAUAAAAACUAUUAUUUAGUAUAUGAAAUAUUUUCUAAAACCAUUGUCAAAACAGCGAGGUACACGCAAUUUUUUGUAGAUACGGCGCAAUUCCUAGUCAAAACCUUUUCAAAAUCUGACGACGAUCCAAUCAAGAAUAUGAUAUAAAACUACAACCUUGGACAAUCCUGACAAACAGCCAAAUCCGAUCAAGCUAAGUGCAAACCCCAAAGAAAAAUAAAUAUGAUCAAGUAUAAGUGUGGAAGAAGACAACGGAAAUAGUUGUAUAAUAUACAUACAAUAUUCAUUUAUAGACAGACAAACAGACGAAUUACACCUAAGCUUAGAUAAAAGAUCCAGACAUGGGGACUUCAGGCGUUUUAAAACAAAUGGCUGAAUAUGACUUCAGCGUACCAACAGAUGUCACAAUCAUAUACGAAGACAAUGAAUGUUCCUUACAAGACAACAUCGAAGAACAAGAAAAUCUUGAGAAUGAAAUUGAUAAUAAAGACAUCUUUAUAGGGGAAACUUUGGUAGAAGAACGUGCAAAUCUCGCCAAGUUAAGUUUAGACAUUAAUGAUACUCAAAUAAAUGCACCCAUAUUAGAAGAAAUAAGAGAACUAAAUAAUACUGAAAACGUUAUAAUUAAUAGUAACUGUAAAAACGCACAGUUGAAUAACAACCAUAUUGGAACUAACCACUUUCAAAACGAUAACAAAACAAAUGGCAACAGUGACUUAUAUACUGCGAGUAAAACUAUAGCCAACAAGGAAGCCAGUAUAUCUAAAGAGACUGAAAUAAAUAAUCAUGAACUUCCAGUCAACAUGGAAACUGAAAGUAAAUUAAAUCAGCUGUCGGAAUUAUUGACUUAUGUUAUACAAACAUAUUAUCUUCAUAGCCUAAACAAAAAUACACGGUCCGAUAGAACCAGUAAAAGAAAAUUUUUUGCAGCCAAAGCCCAUUAUUUUGAUUUGGCAUUUAAAACAGUGGAGUCAAUAAUCAUACCGCAAGAAGAUAACAGCUAUUUCAUUGAUAAAUUUUUAGAUAAAGCUGUCAGCAUAGCUAAUGCAAAGCCUUAUCCGUGGAAAUGUCAAAAAUUUCAUAUUAAAUCUUUGCUGACUCACUUAAUAAAAUGGACUAAACAAAAAAGAGUAUAUCUAAACAAUAUCAGUACUCGUAAGCCCGAUGAAUACGUCACUUUAAAGCAACAACUAGCAAGACCUUUAAAACCAUUCAAUAUCUCUCAAUAUGAAACUGUACUUAAUAGUAAUGUUAGUGGACGAACACACAAUCAAAAUCUUGAAAAUAUCUGCAUAUUUACUUCUGGCUCUCCUGGAUCCGAAAUCAGUAUAAACAUAAAUGCAGAGACAUUAAAAACUGUUACUGAAAAUCGGUGCUUGACAGAGAAAACUAAUGGGGAUUAUACCAAUCCUUUACCUAAUUCUGAAACAACAAACAGGCUAGAAGUAAGUCGCGCGCCACCAUCGUACGAGCAGUACAUUUCUCAGAAUAAGUAUCCACCCGCUCAGCAUCCACCGCCUCAGCACCACAAUCCAUACAAUAACUCACCAACUUUUACCAAUGGACCGCAAAAUUAUAAUCAGACAAAUAUGCAGCUUCAUGGGACACAAAACUAUUUGGAUGGUAGACAAGUACAUCAAAAACGUCAUCAACACGUCGGAUUUCAGCAGCUAAACCAUCCAACUCAAAUGCAACAUGUAAAUAACAGUCAAAUGAACAACAGCAACAUCUCCCACCAUACCUACUACGAUAACAUGAACACGCAAAUGCAGGAGAGACCUGUUCAUGCUCAAAACCUCAACUCUGAAUCAGUUCACUUGGGUCCUUUCAACCACGCACCAUUCGUCCGCUGCCACAUGUGUGGCAAGUACAUAAUAACGCGGUACUCACCCUACAAUACAUCUCCUUGCACUCUCCCUUACUGCAGUCACUUAUGUAAGGCUAUGAAUAACCAGCAUUACAAACCGGCUUGGUCCGGUAAUGCUUAACAGUCUAGAGGAGCCAAAAAUUAAAAUUGAUAUUAAUUUGAUAGGGUUACUGUUGUAGUUUUACAAAAACAGGAGGUUCUUCUAAGUGCUAAGUGUUUAUUGCUAAGUCGCCAGAGUACACUUCAAAAACCUACUUUUAAAAUGUGAUAUCUUACCUCAUUAUUUUUAAGUUAAAAAUUAUUAAUAGCUUCCACUUUAAUAAAUAGACAUAUUUUAAAACAUUAGGACGUGUUAUAUAAAUAUUUAGGUUACCCUAUUUUUGUUAUAUUAAUAUUAAAGUCGCAUUUAAGGAAUAUCGACAAUAGUACUUAAGUAAAAAAUGUAAGACUAAUAUUUUUUGGAAAAAUGUAAUUGUUAGGCUGAAUUUAAGAUUUCAUAAGG